UUCAGUAAAGCCAGUUCAUUGAUUUGUAGUAAAUCGCUAUCAGCUACUUUCACCAGCUCUUCCUCAUACUCUUCCUCAUCAUCCAGCAGCUCUUCCUCAUACUCUUCCUUCUUAUCCAGCAGCUCUUCCUCAUACUCUUCCUUCUCAUCCAGCAGCUCUUCCUCAUACUCUUCAUCCUCACCCACCAGUCCUUCCUCAUACUCUUCCUCAUCAUCCACCUUCUAUUCCUCAUACUCUUCCUUCUCAUCCACCAGCUCUUCCUCAUACUCUUCCUUCUCAUCCAGCAGCUCUUCCUCAUACUCUUCCUUCUUAUCCAGCAGCUCUUCCUCAUACUCUUCAUCCUCACCCACCAGUGCUUCCUCAUACUCUUCCUCAUCAUCCACCUUCUAUUCCUCAUACUCUUCCUUCUCAUCCACCAGCUCUUCCUCAUACUCUUCAUCCUCACCCACCAGUGCUUCCUCAUACUCUUCCUCAUCAUCCACCUUCUAUUCCUCAUACUCUUCCUUCUCAUCCACCAGCUCUUCCUCAUACUCUUCAUCCUCACCCACCAGUGCUUCCUCAUACUCUUCCUCAUCAUCCACCUUCUAUUGCUCAUACUCUUCCUUCUCAUCCAGCAGAUUUUCCUCAUACUCUUCCUUCUCAUCUAGCAGCUCUUCCUCAUACUCUUCAUCCUCACCCACCAGCUCUUCCUCAUACUCUUCAUCCUCACCCACCAGUGCUUCCUCAUACUCUUCCUCAUCAUCCACCUUCUAUUGCUCAUACUCUUCCUUCUCAUCCAGCAGAUUUUCCUCAUACUCUUCCUUCUCAUCUAGCAGCUCUUCCUCAUACUCUUCAUCCUCACCCACCAGCUCUUCCUCAUACUCUUCAUCCUCACCCACCAGUGCUUCCUCAUACUCUUCCUCAUCAUCCACCUUCUAUUCCUCAUACUCUUCCUUCUCAUCCACCAGCUCUUCCUCAUACUCUUCAUCCUCACCCACCAGUGCUUCCUCAUACUCUUCCUCAUCAUCCACCUUCUAUUGCUCAUACUCUUCCUUCUCAUCCAGCAGAUCUUCCUCAUACUCUUCCUUCUCAUCCACCAGCUCUUCCUCAUACUCUUCAUCCUCACCCACCAGUGCUUCCUCAUACUCUUCCUCAUCAUCCACCUUCUAUUGCUCAUACUCUUCCUUCUCAUCCAGCAGAUCUUCCUCAUACUCUUCCUUCUCAUCCAGCAGCUCUUCCUCAUACUCUUCAUCCUCACCCACUAGUGCUUCCUCAUACUCUUCCUCAUCAUCCACCUUCUAUUCCUCAUACUCUUCCUUCUCAUCCACCAGCUCUUCCUCAUACUCUUCAUCCUCACCCACCAGUGCUUCCUCAUACUCUUCCUCAUCAUCCACCUUCUAUUCCUCAUACUCUUCCUUCUCAUCCACAAGCUCUUCCUCAUACUCUUCAUCCUCACCCACCAGUGCUUCCUCAUACUCUUCCUCAUCAUCCACCUUCUAUUCCUCAUACUCUUCCUUCUCAUCCACCAGCUCUUCCUCAUACUCUUCAUCCUCACCCACCAGUGCUUCCUCAUACUCUUCCUCAUCAUCCACCUUCUAUUGCUCAUACUCUUCCUUCUCAUCCAGCAGAUCUUCCUCAUACUCUUCCUUCUCAUCCAGCAGCUCUUCCUCAUACUCUUCAUCCUCACCCACUAGUGCUUCCUCAUACUCUUCCUCAUCAUCCACCUUCUAUUCCUCAUACUCUUCCUUCUCAUCCACCAGCUCUUCCUCAUACUCUUCAUCCUCACCCACCAGUGCUUCCUCAUACUCUUCCUCAUCAUCCACCUUCUAUUCCUCAUACUCUUCCUUCUCAUCCACAAGCUCUUCCUCAUACUCUUCAUCCUCACCCACCAGUGCUUCCUCAUACUCUUCCUCAUCAUCCACCUUCUAUUCCUCAUACUCUUCCUUCUCAUCCAGCAGAUUUUCCUCAUACUCUUCCUUCUCAUCUAGCAGCUCUUCCUCAUACUCUUCCUUCUCAUCCAGCAGCUCUUCCUCAUACUCUUCAUCCUCACCCACUAGUGCUUCCUCAUACUCUUCCUCAUCAUCCACCUUCUAUUCCUCAUACUCUUCCUUCUCAUACACCAGCUCUUCCUCAUACUCUUCAUCCUCACCCACCAGCUCUUCCUCAUACUCUUCAUCCUCACCCACCAGCUCUUCCUCAUACUCUUCCUCAUCAUCCACCUUCUAUUCCUCAUACUCUUCCUCCUCAUCCAGCAGCUCUUCCUCAUAUUUUUUCUCCUCAUGCACCUCUAUUUUCAUCUAUUGUUGGUAUAACCCUACUAUUAUUAUUUUGACCCCAUUCAAAGUUUAA